AUGGCGAUAUUGGAAAGCGACGUCGCGCCCGUUGCACCGUCCCUGUGCGCGGGACUGGCCCUGUGCUCUGAAGCCGCCCCGCCUGUGCUCGACGCAGCGAACGCUACGCUGGACGAUGGUGCCGCGAAGCAGCCGUCCGCUACAGCCAAUAGCCAUCGGACAAAAACUGUAGUGCCAGAAGGUGACAAGGAGUCGCUCAGCAAGGGGAAUCCCCGAAGAGGUGCCUCAAAUGGCUCGAUGCCCCGAGCUGAGCUACUAGUCCUCUCCUGGAAGGAUAAUCCGUACAGAAUCCUCCUUGAGCCACCCACUGUGCGGCAGUUUCUGCACUUUCCCUACGUUAUAUUCAGGGCCUUUUUCAAGGCCGAUGCGGACGUGGGGAGCCUGACCGGAGAGCGGACGGGCUUCUCCUUCAUCGUGGGCAACAUGCUCUUCUUCCUCACCAGCAGCUCCAUUGUGGCUGGCCUCGGACUCGGAUUCCUCACCAGGAACACCGAAGGCGCAUGGACGCGCCGGCACGUCUCGUACAUGGAGUUUCCGGGCGAGCUGUUCCUGAGGCUGGCCGGCGUCGUGGUGAUCCCGUCGCUAACGAGCAUGCUGGUGGCCAGCGUGGUCACCGCGGGGCUGGCCGCCGCGCGCCGCAUGGGACUCCUGGCGUUCGCCUUCUACUUUGUCAGCAAGGCGAUGGCCAUGACCGUCGCCUACGGGCUCGCCGUCGCUAUGAACCCGGACAUUAGCCUGGAGGGCCAGACGCCCACGAUACGUCGGGUGAACAUCCCGAACUACGUGGGAAUGACCGUUGUCAGCGUGCUGCUGGGCGCAGUCCUGGCAACCAUGUGGGAGAGCUGCCGCGGAUUCAUCGAGCUAUUCGUGGCCAUCAGCGACGUCAUGCUGAAUCUCGGACGGAUGAUCAUGUGGUACUUCCCCAUCGGCAUCUGCUUCCUGCUGACGUCGCAGACGCUGCGCUCCCAGGAGUUUGUGUCCGAGACGCGCCAGCUGGAGUCCUACUUUCUCAGCCUCGUCUUGGCGCUGGCCAUUCACGGCAUGCUGACGCUUCCGGUGCUGCUGAUAGUAUUCAGUCGCACACACUACCGGAGCCUCUUCUCAAACAUCGGACUCACUCUGGUCACCGCCUUCGGCACGAGCUCCAGCAAUAUGACGCUGACCAGUACGGUGUCGUCUCUGGAAGACAAGGUGGGCCUGAACCCGGUGGUCGUGCGCCUCGUCGCGCCGCUCGGUGCCACGUUCAACAAGGACGGCACGGCCAUCUACUUGGUCAUCAACACCGUUUUCUUAGCACAGCGAAGCGGAUACCACGUCACAUUCCUCGACUUUCUCGCCACAAGGUGA